AUGAGUAUUGUCAUCAUUGAGGGCUAUGACCAAUCCCAACAAUGCACGUCUUGUGUCACUCCCCAGAUAUGGAUCUGGCGUCAUCACCGCAUGAAAUCCCUGUGGAAACGUCAAAUAAAUGCUUAUAAACCAUGUAUUUUGACCUUAUUGUAUGCUAUCUUGACUUUAUCUGAACCUUCUAAAAAUAUGAACAAUUCUCAAAAUAACAGUUCUGGCAAAUUUCCUGGCCAGCAUAAGCGCCUGCGAAGCGAGCUAUCACAGUUCAACAGCUAUAACUGUUCCAAUAAUCCAAUUACCAUGGACCAAAACAACUUGCAAUACUCAAAUCCAAAUAUUACUAACCCUAAAUGUUUGUAUCUUUUCUCACUUUCCCCUACCGCAGACAUUAGAGUCGUUGACGAAUGCGACUUCAACGAGAUGAUGAACCAAUACAACGGCGCCACGUCUUUAAGGGAAGAACCUCAGUCCCGACACACACGAGUGACAAGCCAUCCCAGUUCUAAACUAAAAAGAGAAUCCGCGGAUACCGAUUUUGAAAUGAUUUUAGACGACGAUGCCGAGUUCAGUAAUGUAUUUGCCGCCAGUGCCUUUGAAGUCCGUGAAGCUUUCACUGACAAUGUGAUGAUGAGCAUGGCGCCAGAAACCCCUAUAGAUGGCUACUUUUCAAAUAAAAACCCACAAAAUCAUUACAUUUAUAAUUUUGAAGGAGAGGAAAGGGCCAUCAUCAACAUGGCGGCUACUAAGUCCGUAAUGACCACGUCCAAUAUAAAUAAGGUUAUCGCCCAACAAUAUCAGACCAAAAAUACCAGCCAAAAUAGAUCGAAAAAAGAAGUAAUACAGUCAUUAAAGCUAAAUACGAAAGAAAGUGUGCAGAAAGAGCCUCGUUUCACCCCUAGCCUCUCUGGAAGUGAUUUUUCAUCAAUAUUUGAUAAGGGAAAAUAG